GUUAGAUAGAAAAAAUGUGUUUCUGUUAGAGGAUUCAAAGCAAUGUUUUAAGGGUUCGGUGGAGACAGGGUAGAUUGAAGAAUCGCAGACAUCUGUGAGUCAUCUUUAGUGAUUCUUGCUAAAGCGAUUUCUCAAUAUCAGACAUUCAUCGCAAACACUUGGCACCUAUGGGUAUAAUUAGGAGUUGCUUCUCUUUCAUAGCAGGGACAGUAUGUGGGGUUUACUUGGCUCAGAAUUAUCAAGUUCCUAAUAUCAUGAAGUUUGCUGACACUGCCUUGUUCAUGGCAAAAGUUGUGGAGGAAAAAUACCGCAAGCCCAAGAAGAGGGAUGAUGAUGAUGAUUAGUUUGUAUUUGGUGCCAUAUUGGAAUCAGAUUCUUGUUUUGUUUCGCCUUAUAAAAAUCCGUGAUUAUAGGAUCGAAUACCUCAAUCAUAAGCUUUUGGAAAAGAUAAAUUAGAAGAUUUUUAUGAAAGCAUUCUUAGCAGUUAUAUGCUUUUCAUGGUUAUGAGAGUUGUAUUACAGGUUAUGGGCUUGAUAACAAAUGUUUUUGGUGGACUCUAAUUUUUCAUUUACGCUUAUGCAUACAGUAACAAGACUUAUUUUUGUUUA